AUGUGGAUGAUUCAAGGCCCAGCGAGUGCGCGAUUCUGCAAGAUACCACUGGCACUGCGAGUCUUUGGCCUGAAGUCGUACUCCACCAAAACUUUCGAUCCCCUCCGCAUCCUCUUCUGCGGCUCCGACGAGUUCAGUAUUGCUUCGCUGAAAGCUCUCCAUGCUUAUCACUUGAAGCAUCCAGAACGGAUUUCUUCCAUUGAUGUUGUUUGUCGGCCGGGAAAACGAGUAGGCAGGGGUUUAAAGCAGAUCAGAGAAGUGUCAUUUGGACGCUUUGUUCCGCCGCGCAUCUUAAAUGGGGCCAAGUACGGUGGCUUGAAUGUGCACCCUUCAAUUCUACCCAACUUCCGAGGCCCUGCACCACUUCACCAUACUCUUCUCGCUGGCAAGACUAAUACCGGCGUGACUGUUCAAACUCUGCAUCACAAAAACUUUGACCAUGGAACUAUCUUGUCACAAACACCCGCCCCCGGAUUCAAUGUUCCAAAUCCAGACUCCUGCACUGUCCUGGAACUGCAAAGCUUUGUCGCCCCAAAAGGUGCUCAAAUGCUCGUGGAAAGCAUUGAUAAAGGAUUAUAUGUGCCCCCGCUGAAGGAUGUUGGGUGGUGUUCCGCCGAGGACGAGCGUGGAUUGACUCACGCUUGUAAGAUCAACCCAGAAGACAGACACAUCAAAUGGGCAGAAUGGACAUCAACAGAUAUUCGCAGACGCAACCGCGUAAUCGGGCCUCUCUGGAGCAAGGCAGCUUGCGCUACCAGUUCUGCAAAUGAGCCUCCUUCAUUCCAGCAAAAGCGGGUGAUUUUCACUGAUACCGAGGAGGUAGACCCUCCUUUCGAGUCUCAGUCUUUCCGAGAGCUCCCAGGUCUUCCGUUCACAGAUGCAUCUCCCUCAGAUGAACCGGGGACUGGCAGUCUCUACGUGUAUACUGCGGACUGCAAAGUGCAUCGCAUCAAUCGCAUGAAAGUUGAAGGGCAAAAAGAUUCCGCGGCCUUGCCAGCCGCUCGAAAAGCUCGGAUGAUUGGUGAACAAACACUUCAACACGGGAACGGGGAGUUGACACCAUUCCAUGACUCUCUUGUAUAA